AUGUUUAAGAGCGACCUAAUGAAUAGCGGCAUUAUCCGCUACUUCUGGGACCCAGAGCUAAAGUAUAACGACCAAAGCGGCAUUCCGAUCUGGUGUCUUGGUCGGGAAUAUACGAGUCCACCUCCCAAGCCGGUCUCGACAACCGAUCAUGGUGACUUCGUUGAGAUCGCAUCUUCUGCUGCCGAUUCCCAACCUCCCCUCUCCACCACAGCUUCGACUGUGUCGACCAGUCCCGAGUCAACUGCGUCUGUCCCACCAACAAGCAGUAGCUUCGAUGACGCAUCAAUAGUGGAUGGAGACAUACCAUCUAUGAACAAUGAAUCUGCCGAGGGUGGCUGGCCGUCUGCUUUCUUGGACGAUUUCGAGUCAAGGAUAUGGAUGACAUACAGAUCGAACUUCCCACCAAUACCUCGCUCUCAAGAUCCGAGCGCCACUUCCUCCAUGACCUUCGCUGUACGGCUUCGUAAUCUGGCAGACCGCGAAGGCUUCAGCAGCGAUACUGGUUGGGGCUGUAUGAUACGCUCGGGACAGAGCCUGCUGGCCAAUGCCCUGAUCAUGCUGCAUCAAGGCCGAGACUGGCGAAGGAAGAGGAAGCAGGAUGCUGAUGAGGCGAAGACGGUUUCUCUUUUUGCUGACGACCCGAGGGCACCGUUCUCGAUCCAUAGAUUUGUUCAACAUGGCGCAACUGCUUGCGGGAAGCAUCCUGGCCAGUGGUUUGGCCCGUCUGCGACCGCGAGCUGCAUCAGAGCUCUCUCAACAGAAGGCGCUUCAGCAGGCCUACGCGUCUACGUAACAUCCGACUCGUCAGACGUGUACGAAGACACCUUCCGCAGCGUCGCCGCAGAUACAUCCAGCCAAAUCCAACCCACUCUCAUCCUCCUCGGCAUACGUCUAGGCCCCGACCGAAUCACCCCUGUCUAUUACGAAGCCCUAAAAUCCACCCUCACUUACCCUCAAUCGAUCGGCAUAGCUGGCGGCCGUCCUUCAAGCAGCCACUAUUUCGUUGGCUGCCAAGGCGACUCCUUCUUCUACCUCGACCCCCAUGAAACCCGGCCCGCACUCCCCUUCCACGCCGACCCCUCGGGAUACACCGAAGAAGAGCUAGCUAGCGUUCAUACCCGCCGUCUGCGCAGCCUCAGGAUCAGUGAGAUGGAUCCGAGUAUGCUGCUCGGCUUCUUGAUCCGCGACGAGAAGGACUGGGCAGAUUGGAAGAGGAGAGUUGCAGAGGUUAGGGGCAAGACGAUAGUGAGGGUAUAUGACAAGGCCCCGCCAGGGGAUGGACAGACGAAGGAGAGGGAGGGGGCCGUGGAUGAGGUUGAAACCUUUGAUGAUACAGAGGACGAGGAGGAUACGCUUACCGAGGUCGGGGUUUGA